AAGUGCUCACAAAGUUCGUAACGUUCUCCCUCCCGCCCAAAAGUUCUUAUUCCGACAUGCCUCAUGAGACAAAGAAGAACAGUUUGAAAAGAAACUAUCCGGAUAGAGAUGAUGAUCAGCUUCACAAAGAGACCGAGGGAGUUUUGACGAAUGUCGUUUCGAUUCUCAAAACUCAAGAAAACCAAGAUGUGGCACCAAGCUUCACAGACCAGUCGACGGUGGUUAAGGGGUCCAUUCCGCCACCAAAUACUCCGUGCACUAAAGACUAGUAUCAAAAGUACAAACCACCAGUGUCAUUCAAUUGCCAAAACAAUAAGGAAGAAAAAAAAAUGCAUUGUCGAGUGUUUCAACACUGUUCCCUGAUAUAAAAUUCAAUUGCCUUUCAAAAGUGUUCCAUUAUUUUACAAUUUCAUAAUAAUUGUCCAAUUUCUUACUAUUUCAUAUUCACUGCUAAAUUAUAUUUUCAUAUUUUAUUAUGCUUUAUACAAAAAUUUGGUUUUUGCUCUUCUAUUUGGUAAAGGGUAGAUUUU